AUGCCCUGGUCAGUAUUACCAUUUUUAGCCAAUGACUCCAGACUCGGAGAGGAGCAAGCAGGUUUCCGGAAAGGCAGGGGAUGCAUUGACCAGAUCUUCGCCCUGCACAACAUCAUCGAGCAGUGCCUGGAGUGGAACACGCCUCUAUACAUCAACUUUGUCGACUUCAAGAAAGCCUUUGACAGUGUGCACCGGGAGACAUUGUGGAAAAUACUGCUGUCAUAUGGUGUACCACCUAAGAUCAUCACUCUAAUCAGCAUGUUCUACAACCACUUCCAAUGUAGUGUUAUCCUGGACAAUACCCUGACGGAGUGGUUCCCAGUGGAUUCAGGUUUAGAAGACCUUGACUUUGCCGAUGACCUUGCCCUCCUGUCCUCCAAACACAGCCAUCUCCAGGAGAAGACUGACCGUCUGAGUAGCUUUGCUGCACAAGCGGGACUUGCCAUCAGCACCACCAAAACCCAGGUCAUGUGCAUUAACAACAGUACGACAGCACCUAUCACCGUCAGUGGGAAACCACUUGAGUCUGUCGACGACUUCACAUAUCUGGGCAGUCUAAUCAGCAAAGACAUCAGGGGAAGACUUGGCAAGGCCCAGAGUUCAUUCGCUAGAGUCCGCACAAUCUGGAAGUCAGAGCAGUACAGCUUACACACCAAAGUCCAUCUUUACAACAGCAGUGUGAAAUCUGUUCUGCUCUAUGGGUCUGAAUGCUGGAGAGUUACAAAGUCUGACAUAAGCAGAGUAGAGUCCUUCCAUAACAGGUGUCUCCGCAGGAUCUGCCGCAUAUUCUGGCCAAAUAAGAUCUCCAACCAUGAUCUGUACAUACGGACAGGGAGCCAAAGUAUUGUAGGGCACAUCAAGCGUCGGCGAUUUAAAUGGCUUGGCCAUGUACUUAGGAUGGACGAGAACCGAGUACCAAAGGUAGCUUUGAGAUGGACACCACCUGGAAAAAGAAAGAGAGGAAGGCCAAAGACCACCCGAACAGUUAUGGCAGAGCUGAGGGAGGGGGGACCUUACAUGGGGAUAGGCCCAGCACGUAGCCAGAGACAGGGCCAAAUGGAAAGAAGUGAUCAUUUGUCAACAAAGGCACAUGGGUUUGGGGGUAGGACAACCUUUGUGACCAGUGUUGUAGAUCCUCGUCAGUCCUUUUGGUUGAACAUGCUUUUACAAGCUUACAUCAGACUGGAAAUCCUGACGGCUGGAAGGUGA